GAUCUUGUAGUGAGUUGCAUUAUAGCCAUUCUUAGGUCUUAUCAUCUCUCUCCCCUUUCCAUUUUUACCUCUAUCCGGUUUUCGACAUGCCGGAUUACACACCCUAUUUUAGAUAGCUCGGCCAAAAUGUUCCACAAACAUUUUAGAAAAGGAACAAAAUGGAAAAGAGGAGAGAAAAAAAAGAGAUGGUGCAAGAAUAGUCUGAGGCUAUCCUUGCUCCAUUGCCAUGGCAUUUAGGUCCCAGAAGAAGGGGGGAGGGAGGAGGAGGCCAUUGCAGAGUUUGAGAGGAAGGUUGGAGGCAAGGAAGAGAGACAGAGGAGAAGGAAGAGCAGGAGGGGAGGGAAAAGGAAAACCCUUUCUCUCUCUCUCUCUCAGCCUCUCUCUCCCUCUCUCUUCUUCUCCUUCCUUGCACCACCGUCCUACUCACCGUCGCAUCAUCCACUGAUCCGGCCGGCGAUAUCACCUCCAUCCAUCCAUCACAUUACGGUCGGCGUCGGCGGCGGCGACGACGAAGGCGGGUGAGAUCUCACCGGAGAAGUGCAGGCGGGCAGGAUGCAAGGAGGAGGGCCACUCAGCCCCGACGAGCACCGGGCCACCUCGCCGCCGGGGAUAAUGCACCACCAGCCGGCGAUGACGAUCGUCGUCGCCGUGGACCGUGACCGGAACAGCCAGCUCGCCGUGAAGUGGGUCGUCGACCACCUCCUCACCGGCGCCUCCAACAUCAUCCUCCUCCACAUCGCCGUCCACCCCCCUGCCGCCAACCAUGGAUUCGCCAUGGCCGAGGCGACGCAUGGCGCGUUGGAGGCCGAGAUGAGGGAGAUCUUUGUCCCCUUCAGAGGAUUCUGCACCAGGAAUGGGGUGCAUGUAUCGGAGUUGGUACUGGAAGAGGCAGACGUGUCAAAGGCCUUAAUAGAGUUCAUCACCGUGAACAAGAUCCAGAGCAUCGCGCUCGGCGCAUCCAACAGAAAUGCAUUCACCAAGAAAUUCAAGAACGCCGACGUGCCGUCCAGCCUGAUGAAGGGCGCGCCGGACUACUGCAACAUCUACGUGGUGGCGAAGGGCAAGUCGGUGAACGUGAGGCUCGCCAAGUGCGGCGUCGAUGGCGGUUGCGGCGGUGGCGGUGGCUACGAGGGCGACUCAUCGAUCAGGAGCCUGUACACGAGGAGGUGCUCGAGGGGGAAGCUGCCGCCGGCGACGCCGUCGCCGGACUCGUCGAGGCGGUCGGUGGACAGUCGCACCCUGCCGGAGCUCACCACGCGGCCGCCGUUCCGCGAGCGCUCGCUCCCGUCCUCGUCGUCCAAGCCCGUCGUGCUGUCCAGCAGGGCGGCGCCCGACUGCGGCGGCGGCGGCGUCGACGGGUCGUACCGCUCCACGAGGCGGUCCGUGUCGAACGAGUCCUUCGUGGGCGACCUCGACUUCGGCCAGAGCUCGCGCUUCUCCUCCAUGGACUUCUGCGACAGCCUCGACAUGUCGUCGCUCUCCGCCAGCCCACGGGAGAGCAGCUCGCCUCUCUCCGCCCCGCAGCGCGAGGUGGAGGUGGAGAUGCGGCGGCUGAGGCUGGAGCUGAAGCAGACGAUGGACAUGUACAACGCGGCGUGCCGGGAGGCGAUCAACGCGAAGCAGCGGACCAAGGAGCUGCAGCUGCUGAAGCUGGAGGAGGCGCGGCGGCUGGAGGAGGCGCGGCACGCGGAGGAGGCGGCGCUGGCGAUGGCGGAGAUGGAGAAGACCAAGUGCCGCGCGGCCAUGGAGGCGGCCGAGGCGGCGCAGCGACUGGCCGACCUGGAGGCCCAGCGGCGUCGCAACGCCGAGGUGCGCGCCCGCCGCGAGGCCGACGAGAAGGUCCGCGCCCUGGACGCCAUCUCCAGCCACGACUUCCGCUACCGCCGCUACAACAUCGACGACAUCGAGCUCGCCACCGAGCGCUUCUCCGACGAGCUCAAGAUCGGCGAGGGCGGCUACGGCCCCGUCUACCGCGCCUCCCUCGACCACACCCCGGUGGCCAUCAAGGUGCUCCGCCCCGACGCGCAGCAGGGCCGGAAGCAGUUCCAGCAGGAGGUGGAGGUGCUCAGCUGCAUCCGCCACCCAAACAUGGUGCUCCUCCUCGGCGCCUGCCCGGACUACGGCUGCCUCGUCUACGAGUACAUGGACAACGGCAGCCUCGAGGACCGCCUGUUCCGCCGCGGCGGCACGCCGCCGAUCCCGUGGAGCCAGCGGUUCAGGAUCUCGGCGGAGAUCGCCACCGCGCUGCUGUUCCUCCACCAGACCAAGCCGGAGCCGCUGGUGCACCGCGACCUGAAGCCGGCCAACAUCCUGCUCGACCGCAACUACGUCAGCAAGAUCAGCGACGUCGGGCUGGCGCGCCUCGUGCCGCCGGCGGUGGCGGACAGCGUGACGCAGUACCGGCUGACGGCGACGGCGGGGACCUUCUGCUACAUCGACCCGGAGUACCAGCAGACGGGGAAGCUGGGCGUCAAGUCCGACAUCUACUCCCUCGGCGUGCUGCUGCUGCAGGUGCUCACCGCGCGGCCGCCCAUGGGCCUCACCCACCACGUCGAGAAGGCCAUCGACGCCGGCACCUUCGCCCAGAUGCUCGACGUCACCGUCAAGGACUGGCCCGUCGACGACGCCAUCGGCUUCGCCAAGCUCGCCCUCAAGUGCACCGAAAUGCGCCGGAGGGACCGCCCGGACCUCGCCACCGUCAUCCUGCCGGAGCUCAACCGCCUCAGGAACCUCGGACACGCCUACGAGGCGCGCAUGAGCGCCGCCGCCGCCGACGCCGCCGCGCACGCCCAGGACAACGUCGGCUCGCCGACGGUGGUGGGCGCGUCGUGGAGAACGGCGGAGAGCUAAGCUAGCGGGAGGCCGUGUCAGUUAUUUUAGAGUCACAGGAGAGGGUGGAGUUCACACGGUACAUUUACGGUCUUUUUUUGUCGGUGUAAAUCCUUAAAUACCUUGGUGUUUGUACAGUUGACAAAAAAAAUUAACAUGUUCUGCGGUGGUUGGCUCAAAA